AUGCAGGUCGUGGAUAAGCCAAGCCAUCCAGUAACUGUGAUAAAACCCUUGGAAGCGCAAUCGAAGAACCGGCCUGCAGUUGUUCAGCCACUGACGGAUUCCAUAGUUGCUGAUGCGGUCUUUGGAAAACAAGUCACCGCUACUGCUGCUCCAAAGAUCGAAGUUCAGAGGGAGUCUCUGGAGACUCAGCGGGUUAGGCCGAUUCUGGACACCAGCACUGCCGGCAAAAUUUCUGCUCAACGAGUCGACAUCGUUGCUGCGGCUGUUGUUCCAACAAACGCGGGAUCUCUAGUCGCGACCCCUGCUGCGGUUGCGACUGAAGCCCUUGUCGCGACCCUUGAUGCGACUGAAAAUGGUGCUGUUAAUCAACGAUAUGAUGCUGAUCCGCGAAAUGCUGCAACGGAGACGCGUCAAUUGUUGAUCCCUCUGACCAGUAGCAGAGGUCAAAUUCCACCACCAGGAGAUAAGGAAAACCGGCGAGAAUCAAUGGUGGAAACUCCAUCUUUUGCGCAGCCUCCGUCAACGCAACUAAUUUCCGAGGAUUCUGCGUCUUUUCGCAGUCAACACCCGCUGAUCCAGUACCUUCAAUUUCAAAAGAUGAUAAGGUGA